AGAUGCGCGACGUAAAUUUGAGGCGACCGCUGGCAUUGAUUUUUGAUACGUUUCAAAUACAACUGUUCUUGAAUGGGAUUUGAUUUCUGACCUUACGAACGACGACUGAUCAAUCGUUUUCGCUUCCAUAACCAACGCUUGUUUACUUAAUUUGUAUCACCAACGCUGUCCGAUAAUUAUUUUCGUGUCCCAAUAAAUUCACAAUUUAAAUUUUGCGAAAUUAAAAUGUUCUUCUCCCCGUCUUGACUUGCUUUUCCUCUGGUGCCAUUUUUCAUCCGCUAUCCCGCUCUAUUUUUCAUUUGUGGUGACGUGACGUGGGAAUUUACGCUGUAGGGAAGAGAAGAGCCGCAGGAAACCGAGGAUAUUAGCGACAAUGCGGCGCUCUCUCUUAGUAACCAGCGGGGCGACCGCCCUCGCCGCCGAAAAUUCCGGCAUCAAAAAAGUCAUUUCUCUCCUCAGCGACAUGAAGUCAAAAGUGGAAACUGAAAUUAAAGAUGGCGAUGUUGAGGCGGAGGAAUUUGAAAACUGGUAAAAGAGGACUAUAAAAGUUUUUGUAUUGCAUCCAUUGCUAUCAGAAUUCUGUUUUCUUUGUAGAAAUUUCGAAGUGUUUCAGCUGAAGAGCAGGUGCUUAGAACUCUCUGUUCGCCUCGUGGGCUUAUUCACCUUUCACUUCGCAGGUGCAUCAAGAGCAUAACGGAGGGUGAGGCGGACGUCAAAUAUGGUGGCGAGAAGGUUGAGGAAUUAAAAGCAACGGUGGAAAACGAAGCUGCGAAGGCCUCUGGGUUCGCAAACGAAGUAUCGACAUUAGCCCCUGAGAUUGCGAAGCUCCAGGCGAACCAAGCGGCCGCAAAAGAGGAGCGAAAGGAGGCACAUUCCACUUUCCAAAAAGAGGAAGCAGAAUUAGUGGAGGCAGACACGAUGCUGCAAAAAGCUUACUCCGUGCUCAAGCGAUCACUCUCGUUUUUUUAUGAGGAGACGUUGGCUCUCGUAAGUGUACUAGUAGUGAGGUCAUUUGUUAGUAGUGAGGUCAUUUGUCUAUAAUGACUAGGUUCGAGGAAUUGUAAUUGAGUGUUGGUUAACCUAGUGGUACUAACUUCCGACGGAUCGUAUCUGAUGAGACGCAGAAAAAGCAUUCAAAUCACUUCGUCACCUCUAUCUAAAUUUUCUAAAGAUUCUAAAUUUUUCCUUUACGGUAAAAGGUGUGAAGUCCUCAGUUGUCGUUGUUUUUAUUUUUUGCUUUGCUGCAUAACACUUCCCAUCCGUUCCUUUUUCAUACCUCGCAGAGCGGCGGUAGCAAUAGUAAGGCAGUCGAUGACGCCAAAAACGCUGUCACGGCUCUUGCGACGAUCAUCGAAUCCAUUGGUGCAGACGCCGACUCUCAAGCUAAAAUUAAGGCGUUCCUAGAGGAAUCAGACCCAAGCGAGCAGCUUAAUCUCCUGCAGCAACCGCAAGCUGCUACGAGCAACUACCAAUCGAAAUCCGGUGGUAUCCUUGAUGCCAUUCAGGGCAUGCAGGAGAAGAAUGCACAAGUGCUUGCCGAACUACGUACCUACAAACAUCCUUACAUGGAGGGUCAGUGUUUUUUAAAGAAGAAUUGUUUCAUGUUUCUGUUGUUUUGCGUAAGCUCCGUGUUCUCUCUUACAACUAGCAUGUCUCUAUGGACCAUAUGUCUCUAUGUACCGCUUAAGUAUGUACCAUAUGUAGCAUACCAGCUACCGCAUGUCUCUAUGUACCAAGGGACAAAAUUCGUGUACGGAAAUAUUACGGUUCUUCACCUAGAAAUUAGUACUUCCUAAUAUUUUCUCGUUUAAACGACUUUAAGGUGAUAAGGACUUGAAGGCUCGACACGAGUUUGAGUUGCUGAUGCAGGACCUGAAGAACCAGGAGGCGUCUAAGACCGAGCAACUAGAGGCAGCCAAGGAAAACGCAGCGAAGGCCGAAGCCGCAGGCAAGACCGCCGGUGGCGACUUAGCUUCGGCUGAGGACGUGCUCAAGUCGGAUUCCGAAGAGCUAGGAAACACCAAAGCAGAGUGCGAUACCAAGGCGAAGGCAUGGGCAGCGCGCAAGGAGGAGGCAACCAUGGAAGCAGGAGCCUUGUCGCAGGCUAUCGAGAUUCUCAGCGGAAAGUUCGGAGGCGAGAGCUUCUUGCAGGUUCAAAUUGGACUUUUUAGAAAUUUUAGACUCCAAUAGCUAACGCGAAAGAAAUUCUCAAAUUUAGAUGUGGCAGGUCCCUACUUGUGAGACACGGACGUAUACGUCAGAUCCUGAUCCACGCAAAUGUCGUAUACUUCCAAGAGCAAUUUUCAGAUAACAACAGGUCCACGCUUCCGUCUUGGAUCGUCGUGCUAAGGCCUCUCUGCUGCUCCGAAAGUUAGGCAACGAGUACAACCAGUUUUCCUUGAUCCAAGCGGCCAACAGCGCGCAAGCAGACCCCUUUGUGAAGGUCCGGGGUAUGAUCAAGGACAUGAUCACCAAGCUGGAGGAUGAAGCUGCCAAGGAGGCCUCGAAAGAAGCCAAAUGCAAAGCCGAUAAAGAGAAGGGUGAAAAGUUACGCCAUUACUUGGUUUCUGAGCACAAGCUAAUAAACUGUAAUUACAGUUCACUAGCUCUACUUAUAUACCAAUAUGCAGUUCCCUUUUUAACAAGUUAUAGUCUCUAUCAAAUUCAUGUGUUGCAGUGUGAGAAUACCACAUGAUACAUGUUUAGAGUAUGUCUGCUGGACCAGAAGUAGGUUUUUUCUGUGUCUCUUCUAAUGCCGGACCUGAAGCUGAAAAAGGGCGAUAAUGCAAAGAUCUCUUCUCGCGUCGAUGCUGCGGAGGCUAAAUUCGCAAAGCUCGGAACAGAAAUCAGCGAUUUGAACACUCAGCUCAACGAGCUUGCGGCAGAUGUCAAGGAGCGCACGGCCCUGCGAAACAAGGUAUUUGUUUACUUAGGAGAUUUUACUUUUGGCUAGUAAAUAGUGUUUCAUCGCAGUGAGGAGGAUGUUCGAGUGUUUCUUACUAUAAUUUGUUAUCUAUAAUAUGUAGUACAAGUGUCGUGAGAUUAACUAAAAACAGCAGCAUCUUCUUACUACAAGCAGCAGCAUGUCAGCUUUUCAUCAAACUUUUCUAUGACCCCCUACAACAGGAAAAGAGCGAGAACGAGGCUGUUAUCAAGGAUGCUGCUGAGUCGGUCGAAGCUUUGAACGGUGCAAUCACAGUUUUGCAGGACUUCUACGGAAAGGCAACGUCCUUCCUCCAGCAGCCGCAGUCGGAUGCCGCGAACACCAUCAUUUCUUAUGGAAACAGCACAAAGGUGUGCCAUUGGCAAGCCUAAGCCCGAUUUAGAUAUCUUAGAUUUAGAAAGAAUUUUUCUGCAGCAAGCAUUUUACGAAAAAAUUCAUACUUGUGCUUGUGGGUAGUUGGUUCGCCACGGCGAACUUGGAAGUGAAAUGUUGGUUCUAAAUUUCCGUUUUGCAGACCGCGCAGGAAGAUUUCGAGAAGCUGAAGCAGGAGACCGAGGCAGCCGAGAGCGACGCUGCUGACAAGUACGAGAAGUUCUCGCAGGAGGCUAAGGUCGCUCAGGCCACGAAGACUGCCAGCGUGAAGGGCAAGACGCAGGAAAAGGCAGGUGUGCAGGAGAGCAUCGGCAUGCUCUCCGAGGACCUGGCGGAGGCUGGCAAGGCCCUGCAAGCAGCGACGGACUUCCUAAAGGGCGUGAUGGAGUCGUGCGCAAACAAGGCCAUGAGCUACGAGGAGCGCAAGAAGCGACGCGAGGCCGAAGUCGCGGGCCUCAAGGACGCACUGGAGAUCCUGAGCUCCGAUGAGGAAAGCUUCUUGCAGGUCGCGAGCAAGAAGUUCCUCGCCAGGAAGUGAGUCUUGAAGGGAAGACUUGGUGCGGGCGGGGCGUUCAUUUUGGACAGAUUAUAAACGUUCUCUUGGACAAUUUAGAUUAUUUAGAUUUAGACUUUCAAUAUCGUAGGAAAAAAGACAGUGGUAUCGUUACGUCUUGUGUCGUCUAGUAUGUAGGCUGGCACAUAACAUUUGGUGAUUUAUUAGGCGUAGGACGUUUUAUUUCGUUUCGCUCUUCAUAGUUUUUUCCGGAUUGUAGUCGAGGCACAUGUACUUGAACUUUCUAUUUUUACUAGAGAUCACAGGCAAAGUCGAUUUCGUUACUAAAGAUCGCAGGCAAAAACUCAUUUCGUAUUACGAAAGGCAAUUAUUUUUCUGGCACAUUGCAACCGAGUAUAUGUUAUUUUGGGUCAUGGCGUACAAGCUUUUGAAUGUUUUGGGUUGAUUAUCUUGGAUUGAAAUUUGACGAAAUUCGUUUUCCGGAAAUGUUUUCCGGAAGAAAUGCAGCUGAGCUUCGAUUAGCCCAGCUGCAUCGAAAGGUUGAUGCUGAGAGCAUGGGAACACGCAGUGGACGUUGUUGUUUUUCGUCGUGGAUCAAAAGCCGAAGGCUCCAG